AUGGAUGAGUAUGUGAAAGAUAAGGUGAACCAUAGAAUUGAUGAAGGGAAAGAGGUGGGUGGUGCACAGAGGCAUAUGUGGAGACAAAGAACAUUAAAGAAUUACAUUAUUUCAGCUUCUCCCAAAGUUGAGAAGGCAGAGAGGGAUCAUUCAGGAGAGCUGAAAGAUGGAAGAACUUCAACAAAGCAGGAAGAAGAUUUUCUGGGAUUUUCUCCAUCUUCAGAAAAAGGUAAAUCUGAUGUAAUGAUCAGCCGAGCUGACGUAGCCCAAGCCAAUGCUAUGGCUCGCCAGCUUCAUGUCUUCAAACCGGGGAUAGACUUUGUUCCUGGAGCAAGACUAGAAGUUCUGGAAUCAAGGGAUAACAAUUGGUACCAAUGCAAAAUAGUAGAGGUGGACUGGGGUGAGCUGGACAUACUGGUUCACUAUGAACGCUGGUCUAAUCGCUUUGAUGAGUGGCUCAAAAUGGACUCCACAAGAAUUCGACCAUUGGUCCGCAGUUCUCAAAGAAAGGAUAAAAAGAACUGUCAGUUUCGUGUUGGAGAUCGAGUAACAGCGCGCUGGGCAGCUGAUGGCAAGCGCUACCAAGCUAGAGUUGUUAAAGUAUUAGGAGAUGAUCAAUAUGAGGUGUUGUUCUUUGAUGGAGUUACCAAAGUUGUGCGCUCCGGAGCACUCACAAAGUUUGAGCCGAAGGGAACAAAUGAGACAGGUGAAGACAUGGAACCUGGCAGCAGUAGCUGCAGCCCGGGCAAACAGUUGGGACCCCAUGAUGAGGUGGUGAUGCUCCUCUCGCCAGCAGCUACCACUGCCAGUUCUUCAGAUUCACGGUCUUCAAGCCCAGAGCCAGAUCAGCACUCAACAGAUAGCAUUAAAGAGGAGGAGCUGCCAGACUUAGAAACAACACCUAUUAAAAAAAGUAUCUUUGAUGUAGAGAUAAUCGACCAAAAGAGGAAACCAAAGAGAAAAGCUGCUGUUGAAGAGCUUUUUCAGUCAUUAAAGAAAAAGCGCAAACAUGAGUUUCAUGGAAGAAAAGAAGAUACUCCAACAUCACCUAAGUAUUCAAAAACUUCUCACGUGACCGCAUCAUCCCCAAGACUCCAGCACCAGCUACACUCUGCACAAGCCAAGAGGACACCAAGCUCCAGAAAGAGAAGCCGAGACACUGCAUUUGGCACUGAGGAAGAGGGACCAUUGUUGAAACAAACUGAUUUUUCACUUUCCAGUGAGACUCCUGAUGCUGCUACAUGUGAUAUCUCAGAAUUAUCUCUCUCAUCUAACCUUGUGACUGUUAAGCUAGACAAUGGCUGGAAGAAGUGCUGUACCCGCCGUACCCAUGGAACAACAGCAGGGAAAUGGGAUAUGUAUUAUAUGGCACCUGAAGGAAAGAAGAUUCGUUGCAAAACUGAUCUCCUACGUUAUUCAGAAGAAACUGGACAUUCGGUUGAUGCUGACAAGUUUGAUUUUUCUGUAAAGAAUAUGAAAGAUGUGAUUGAGGCUCACCUACAAGAAAAAGAUCCCAAGGAGGUAGCCAAGACUCGACACACACCAAAGGAUCAAAGAGAACCUAUAAAAGAUGUGGGUGUUGUUGAGAUUAAGGAAGAAAAUAAUGAUGAAGAAGAAAAGGCUGCCGUCUUUGACCAGUCAGAAAGCAACAAAAAUCUUGUUGCCAAAAAGCCUGAAGUUUCUUCUGUCAAAAAAACUGAAAUUGUUCCUGCUCCUGCCAAGAAACCUGAAGUUGUUCCUGCUAAAAAAACUGAAGUUCCUUCUUUAAAAAAACCUGAAGUUUCUUCUGCCAAAAAACCUGAAGUUUCUUCUGCCAAAAAAACUGAAGUUUCUUCUCCAAGAAAAUUGAAGUUUCUUCUGCCAAGAAAACUGAAGUUUCUUCUGCCAAGAAAACUGAAGUUUCUUCUGCCAAGAAAACUGAAGUUUCUUCUGCCAAGAAAACUGAAGUUUCUUCUGCCAAGAAAACAUGAAGUAUUAUCUACCAAAAAAACUGAAAUUUCUUCUGCCAAAAAAACUGAAGCUCCUGCCAAAAAACCUGAUGUAUCUGCCAAAAAACCUGAAGUGUCUUCUGCAAAAAAAACUGAUGUUUGUUCUGCCAAAAAAACUGAAGUUUCUUCUACCAAAAAAAAUGAAGUUAAGAAACCAGAGGCAAAGCGACCCGAUACUAAGCUGAGCGAAUCCCCAAGACUUAAAAUAGAGAUCCCCAUUUUAUCAAAGACAGAGAAUAUAGGUAUGUUAUCCUCAUCGGUGCUGAGCACCUCAGCCAGUCCUUGGUCUCCUACUAUGCCCUCCGCACUUCCCCGAUCCUUGCCUGCUUCUGCAACUGUUCAUUCAGUAGGUGAAGCCAAGAAAGAUGAAUCUCCUUCAGCAGAAGCAGACACAGCACCAGUACCAGAGCCAGCUGCAGAGUCAUCUAAGCCAGAAGCUACACCUCCUGCACAACAGAAACAUACCAUAAAAAAGGAUCCUGUCCGUGACAAACCUGGAUAUGUUGCUCCCAAUGAGUUUGUAGUGAGGGCAGAGCACAAUGAACAUCAGUGCCCUAAGGAGGGCUGUGGAAAAGGCUUUCGCAAAGAAAAUCUCCUUCAGAUGCAUAUAAAACAUUACCACCCAGAAAUCCUGAAGAAAAGCAGCAGCUGGGCACCAAAUGUUGCAGACCUGGCUUAUGCACGUACUGUUGGAGAUCACCUGGAAACAAAUGCUUCUCCUACUCCAGCCUCUCCACCUAUAGACAAAGUACUCAAACAAGAUAUUUUAUCCAAAAAGUUAUCUCGUGGGUUGGUGUCUGGCAGUUCCAGCGAGUCUCGUGGCAAGACAGGAGAGAAAAAACACCAAGGGCCUUCUAAAGGAGUAUCUACUUCCAAAGAAACCAAGAAAAAAGAUUCCUCUAAAGUAGAAUUUGAAAUGGCCAAAACAACUUCUGAUGAUGAAUUAGAUGUCAAAGAAGAAAUAGAUGAAUACAUAGACGACCUUGAGGAAGACACAGCAGGGCCUCAAGAUGCUGCCUCUACUGAAGAUCCAGAUUAUAUACCAUGUGAUGGAGAUCUGUCACAAAAAAAGAAAGAGAAGAAAGAAAAAAGAAAAACCCGAGGAGGGGAAGCCAAAGGAAAGAAAAGGAAGCUAGUUCCCUCAGAAAGCAUGAGUGAAGAUGAUCUACAGGAAACUAAGGCAGUUACCAAGUACAGAUACAGCACUCGCAAGGGAUCUGCAUCAUCCAGAAUAAAUGUUUCAGCCAUUAAUGGUAUGAAAUUAAGUUUUGCACUGCCAUUUUGCUCAUUUUGUGAUGUAUGCCUGUGCUGGCAACAUGGUGCCUGCUACAACAUAGUUGGUGAAGACCAAGUUCCAGACAAAUACAUCUGCUCACUUUGUGACCAUCCAAAACUGGAACGAUCCUCACAUAAAUUUAGACACCACCAAGACUGGUUAAAAGAAGGUCGUCUGCCAAGAUUCUCAUUUUCUCGGACCCGUGGUGAUGUCCGACUGGAGGCUUGUAUUCGACGAGGUCAUGAAUUAACAGCAAAUGUUCUGCAGUUAUCAGAAGUUCUUCAUUCUCUCAGACUUAAACUUCAUAUUGCUAAGGAAGCAGAUCAUCCAAAGUUUGUCAUGUGGCACAAGAAGUGGGAUGAGAAGGAAGAAAAUAGUGACCAAACCAAGGUAUCAUCUGAAAUAGCUCAAGCAGAUGCUGUGGCUCCUCUUCAAAAAUUAAUGAACAUAGUUGAACAUGAUGCUUCCGAUCUUACUCCACCACUUACUAACCCACUGAUAACAGAUCCCAGCCUUAUGACUGAAGGCAUUGACAAUUCAAGUGCACCUGAUUCAGCAAGUGCCAGUUCUCCAUUGGAGCAAAGUAUCAAUGCUAGCCCCUCAGAAGUCUGGGAUGUGACUGAACAAAUUAUCAAUGGGGAACAAUUUUCUGCCCAAACAGAUAAUCAUAAAUCAGAUAGUGCGAAUUUACUUCAGAACGACUCUGCUGAUGCUUACUUGCAGCAAAUUAAAGAGGAAAAGAAUGUGGUAGAUGAUGUCAAGGAAAACAAAAGUUCAUGUGAGAUUACUCUUCUGCCAGAGAUGUCUGAUAUUCAGAAACAUGCAACACCAGAUCAUACAUUAAGUGAAGAGGCUCCAUUAAGCAGUAAAACAGAUAUUGUUUCUGGGACUAAUGAUGCACAGCAGUCAUGUUCUGCUACCAAACACCAAGUUUUAUCCAAAGUUCUCAGUGAUAGUUCUGAUAAGGAAAGUAUAAUUCAGACAGAGACAAAUAUAAAAUUGAUGAAAGAGAACAGCAAAAUCAGUGAUUUCCAGGCAGAAAGUUUAGAUGCAUCAACCACUGAUGUAGAGGCAGAAGAUCUCACUGAAAACAAGACAACUUUACAGACUAACUUAAAAUUAGCAGAAUUAGAGCAUGAAAAUGACACUGAUUCUAAAUCAACAAGAAAAUCUGAUGAUUUAGAGGGUGACACAAAAACUGAAGACACCAAGAGUACUGAUGAACACACCAUUGUAGACAUAGCAAAAGCACCAUUGAAUGAAGGGCAGUGUGCUGGAGAGCCUGAAGAAAUUGAUCUAAAGCCAGCAUUACUUGAACAUGUAGAGCUAGAAAAAAAUUAUCCUAUUAAUAUAUCAGUUGAUGACAGUGCCCACCCAGAAGGCUGUGCUUGUGAGGAAGUGAAAUCUAAUAUCAAAGUGGACUGCAAAGAGGUUACUGUCAGAGAAAAAGACCCGGAUGAUUCAAAUCUUUUAACAGAUAAAGCUAAGGUGAAUAUUGGCUCUGAGGGUGAUGAAAUAGAGACAACUCAGAAAGAAGGAAUCCUUGCAACAAAUCAGUGUGGAAGUAAAGAAGAGAUAAAAACAGCUAAAAAUGAGAAGAAUAAUGAAGCAAAUACAUUAGAAGAAAAAAAUGAAAAAUGUACAGAAAGAAGUGAAAUGGACACUAAUAGUAGUGGAACUGAAAUAAAGUCUUCUAGUACAGAGAAGGAGACUGAGGAAGAUGUUCAUGUUGUAAUUAAAUCAGAGACAACAAACGAAAAUAAUUUACUUAAAAAUACAGUCAGUGAAGAUGAUUCUGGUGAAAACGAAAACAAAAAUUAUCUUGAAGUUAAGAGUGAUUCUCCAAAAUAUCUUUGCAAAUCAGAUGAGAAUAAAGACUGUAAAAAUGCUGAGAAUGAAAGUAUAAAUGAAGCUAAUACUACUUGCAUUAAAGAGGAGGAGGAGGAGGAAAAUACUGAAAGGAAGGAGCAGACUCAAGAGAAAAUGCUAGAAGUGCAGGAACUAGAUAAUACAAAACAAAAAGACAACCCGUCAAAAGAUCUUGAAGGCAUGGAGCUUCCUCAGCCAGCAGUUAUGAGUACAUCAGACAUGCCUCAGUGUGUUGAUGUAGAAGGUAAUGAAGACACAAUGGAUGAUGAUGACACUCAGCUAGAUGAUGAUGGUGAUCUUGCUCUUGACCUUGGUGGCCUAGGUGCAGCAGGGGAGGGAAGUAUGCCUGGUGGUAAUGACCUUGCAGCACUACUUUCCUCACAAACUGAACUUGAGCAUCUGGUAACACAGGCUAGCUCAGCUCUUGCACCUCAUGUGCCAACACAGUCAGUAAGUGUUCCCAUAAUUCCUGAAGCAGAAAGGAUUGAGCCUGUCAACUGUAAGUUAAAUCUCCUAGAACAUGUACAAAUUGUCCAGACCAACAUUACCAAGCGCUUUGACCAGAUUGAAAAACAGCUUGAAGUACUUGAAGCCGAAAUGGGCUUGUGUGCAGAUACUGUGGAUGAUGACUGUGAGGAAGACGGUGAAGAACGUGACCCAGCCACCCUUCAAGCUCGAGCUCUUAUAAAACUCAUUCUUAAUGAUGUCAAUGUUGUGAAGAAGAUUGCAGAAUUCACUCAUUAAACUUGGCUGUUUAUAAAUUAUCUGAUAUUAUCGUCAUACCCUUCAGCCCAAAAGAAAUUAUGAAAUUGCCUUACAAAAUUUCUGCACCUUCACAGAACACAUAUCAUGCUUUGACUUUUAAAAUAAACCUUCAGAAUUUUUAUCCAAAUACUGUUUCAGACUUAUAUAUUUUAGUUUAGUAGUGUUACUUCAUUGUAGCAAAAAUAACUGUGACUAACUAUAGCAAAAUUAGAGUUAAAAAGCUGCUAUAAUUGUGUCCUAGUAAAGUGAAAUAAAAAUUUUUAUUUCUCACACAAACUGGCCUGUUAUUCAGUCAGAAUGUUCAUUCUGUGAAAGAGACAUUUAUGAUAUAGUAUUAACUGUACUGAAGGACAUUGUUGAAUACAUUGUGAAAUGUGAAUAUAAUGUGAAGCAUUAAUGAACAUGAUGUGAAAUGAAACCAUGCUGGGGAAUAUUGCUGAAUACAUUGUGAAGUAUGAAACUAUUCUGUGAAGUGUUGAUUAACACAUUGUACUUUAUAAUACUACUAAGCACAAUGUGAACUGUUUAACUAUAGUGCUACACUGCUGAGUACAUUAAAUGUUGAACUAUAGUGCUAUAUUGCUGAGAACAUUAAGUGUUAAACUAUACUGCUACAGUGCUGAGUAUGUUAAGUGUUAAUUCAUACUGUGUAACACUGGUGUGUGCUAAGUGUGAAAUUAAUGUAUAUUGUGGAACAUAUUUUAAAGUGUGACCAGACAACAAGUAUAUGUAGUGAGAAAAGUGAAGAAAUACUUGACACAGAAAUACAGUUAACACAGUGAGAUAUAUAUUUACUUAUAUGCAACAGUGUUACUGUAUCUGAAAACAGGUUUUGUGAUUCAUUGUUCGAAGUGUAUCAUUGUAUAUAUUUACAGACUGAUACUUGGUUGAAAUAAGAUUGGAAAAAAUGCUAUAUUAAUUUGGGAUAUGAAUUGUAACCAUGUAUGAAAUAAAUGCUGAAGAAGGCAAGACUUUUACCUGGUAUUAUUCAUGUACAUCAUACAAACAAAAUGAGAAAAAUUAUGCAAAUUAAAGAAAUAUCAAUGAAAGUUAGGCUAUUAUCUUUUUUGAUCAUUUAUCACAGAGCAUGUCAUCCUUAUUUCAGAUACCUCCUUCAUUGGCCUGAAAUGCUUACUGUGUCCACCCUCCUUUGACAGUCUCAACCUAUAUGCAGAUUGAGUUUUGAAUAAACUCAAUCUUAACAUUGUUCUCCCCAUAAACAUUAUGAAGUUCAAAACAAAAUUGUAAAGAUAUCUUUUUUUUAUAAACCCCUUCUCCUGUACAAAUUACUAAAUUUAAUAAGAAAACUUUCGUUUUUCUUUUUGGGCCACCCUACCUUGGUGGGAUACAGCCGGUUUGUUGAAAAAAAAAAUUAUAUUGCUAACAAAGUUUAAUAUAAUCAAUAACAUAAAUAUUAUACUGUACAUGUUAUGUAUGUGCUGCAUAUCAUAAUGGCUUGGGGAAGCUAAAUUACUAUAUGUGCUGUUAAAAUUAAUGGCGUAAAACAAUAUUGAAAAAUUAUGUGAUUUACAAGUCACAGAAUGGGUGGAGCACAAACCCAUGGCUGACAAGUCAUGAAACUCACAGAUCAGUGUGCUAAUCUAUUAUUUGCAAUCAUGUUAUAGUGAUUUCAUUAGUAUAAGAUUUACAAAAUGUAUACUUAUAGUUUCCUCAAGUAAAUUAUUAGCACUGGAAUUUGUGUUGAUGUCUGUGGCAUGCCUUUUUGGGUAUUCUGGUCAUCUAGAAAAUUCUAGUCAUAAUAACUUUAAACAAAAAAUUACUUUGUAAAUAUUUGAGAGGUUAUUAAUUUAAUUAAAAUACUAAUUACAAAUAGUAUUGUGUAUAAGACUGAUUGCAGAGGAGCCUUUAUUGGUACAAUGUUUCACUGUACCAAACUGUAUCAAUAAAGACUCCUCUGCAAUCAGUGUCUUACUUUCCGUACUGUUGACUCUUCACCAUUUCCAUGUAAUUCUAUUGCAAGUUUAAUGGACUGUUUAUUAUAUUGCAGGAGAGCAUAUAGAAAAUUUGAAUAUAUGUGAUAACAAUAUUGCGCAUUUAAAAUGCACAAAGUGUACAUAUAUUGUUACCUACUCUGCAUUUGUAAAAUAUUGAUUGAAAUGUAUUUAUUUAGUUUUAGGAGGAAUAAUAAUAGGUCAAAAGCAGUUUAGUAAUUAUGUACUCAGUAUCUCUUAUAUACCAAUUAUAGUUUCUUAAGGUUCUAGUUAUUAUUCUUAACAUAAGAUAAUUUGGAGGAAAAUAAAUAUUCUUCCAUACUGUCCAGUCAUUCAUUGUACAUUGUUUUUUUUCUUUCUGAAGCUGGCAAAGAAAAUUCAUAAAGAUAUAUGUAGGAGA